UAUAGAUGUUGUCGCCAUCGUCAAAUUUUGUUAUUUGAGAAACUCUUUAUUAAUUAAAAAUAUUACAGUUGAUCGUUGUUAAUAUUGAUUAUCGAUUUAAAAGAGUCAAAAUAGACGGUCGAAUAUUUUGAAAAUAUAUAUUCGAACGCUAUGUUCAGUGUAUUUUUUCAGACAGGUGUAUUGGAUCUCUCUUUUGACUUGGUUAUUUAUGUGUUGUGAUAACAAAAAUUUGGCGGUUCAUACGUUCAUACACAUGUAUUUAUUAUUGUUAUUUAUUAUUUUUUUUAUUUUAUGUCAUAUAGCGAAUCAACGUUAAGAACUCAGUUUAUAAACAGUUUGCAAAUAAUACUGCAAAAUGUACUAUACAAAAGUAAAUACAUAACAUUUUACAUUCAGUCUAGCAAAUGAACGAAAUUAGAGUUCAGUUAUUGAGAGAAAGUGACUAACGAAUACAUGAAAGAGGAUUACAAUGACCAUGAAAUUAAACAAAUAUUCGGAUAAUCAGAUACUCGAAGCUCUUAAUGCACGUUCCGAUUCUGACUCGGGAAGUGUGUCUGAAGAGGCUACAGAAAAAACGCAAAAUAAGCUACACAGAAAACGCACCUCGAAGUUACAGACUAGAAAAGAGAACGAUGCAAACGUUUCUUCGGACGAAGAAAAUAUAUUUCAAAAUGUCUGUUACGCAUUACAAAAGAAACGUAUUUUAUUGGACAAGAAAGUUUCACUUAAAAUUAAAUUAAGACGAUCUACAGAGCAAAGUUUGUAUAAAAUUGAUACCGACUCUGAGUGUGACAGACAAAGACAUAAAAAGAAUGGCAAUCGAAUAUUGAAACAAAGCAGGAAAAGUUGUUCGGAUGUAGAAACUGAAGAUUCUUAUAAUGACAGUACAAGCGAAACUAGAAUUCGUAACACAAAAGAAUUAAGAGACCUACAAAUUGGGCAGGAAAUAUUAACUCAUAGUAGAAUUAGAAAACCACCUUUAAGACUUUCUUCCUAUCACUGUGAUUCAUUAGACUUUUUGAAUAAUGUUCAAUUUGCUCAAGAAAAUUCUCCAUCUCUUAGAAGGAGGAAAAAUAUUAAUUAUAAUGAAGACAAAUUACUUCUGCGUGCUUUUGAAACAAAAAAUAGAACACUGAAAGACAGUGGGAAUAAAAGUACAAAUGUAUCUAAUGUUCAGAGUAAUUCGGAAAGUAAAACUCCAAGAAAUAGCAGGGCUAAUAAACGAAAUCAUGUUCCUCUUAUAAAAGAUAAUAACACAGAUGGUAGUACAGAUGUAGAAAUAACAAAAACGAAAUCACUGAGAAAGUCCAAUGAAUCAGAAAAUAAUGAAAAUAGUAAAGCAAAUGAUUUCAUAGCUAGAAAGGAAGCUACAAAAAAUGCUAGGACCAAUAAGCGAAAUCGUGUUUCUCUUGUAAAAGAUAAGACAACUGGUGAAAAAUUGGUGCCAGAUUCGGAAGUAAUAGAAAUAAUAGAAAUAAUAGAUCUAACAUCAUCGAGAAAGUCCAAUGAUACAGAAAAUAAUGAGAAUGGUAACAGAAAUGAUCCCAUAGCUAGAAAGGAAACUAUAAGAGAGGACCAGAUAGUUAGUACACCCAGCAGGGUUAGGAGACAGAAAAGGGUGAUCGCCAAGGAUAGUCAGGAAAAGGGACAGCAUAUUGAUAAAACUCAAAGCGACAGUGAAGAAUUUUUGAUUGAUUUGUAUAAAGAUAUAAAAAUCUCGUCGGCAGUUAAAGCCACUCCUACUAGAGGGGACAAACAAAAGAGAAUAAAUUCUGAGAGUACUCAAAAAAAUGUGCAGUUUGUUGGCAAUGACAAAAGCAAUGAAGAGGAAGAUUCGUUGGCUGAUAUGUAUAAACGCAUUAAAAUUUCGUCAGCAAAGAAAAAUGUUUCCACACCACAAAAGAAAAAUAAUAUAAGAAGAAAUAUUGAGGCACAAUUAGAUGGGACUCUAUCGAGUACUCCUAAAUCGCGUUCAUUGAAACAUAAUAAUUUAACACCAUCAAUUGGAAAAAGACACAAUGCUUUAUUGAAACCAGCUACACCUUUACAGGAGGCCAGAUCCAGAUUACAUGUUAGUGCUGUGCCAAAGUCUUUACCUUGCAGGGAAGAGGAAUUCAAUAGUAUUUUCACAUUUCUUAAAGGAAAAUUGGAAGAUAAGAGUGGAGGGUGUAUAUAUAUAAGUGGAGUACCAGGUACUGGAAAGACUGCAACUGUAAACGAAGCUGUGAGGUGCUUGCAGAAGUUAAUAAUUAAAGGCCAAUUGGACGAUUUUGAUUAUGUUGCCAUCAAUGGAAUGAAAUUAACAGAACCACGGCAAUCUUACGUGCAAAUUCUGAAACAGCUGGAUGGUAGAACUGUUACCUGGGAGCAAGCUUAUUCUAUACUUGAACAUAGAUUCCGUAGGACCAAUUCUAAAAUGACGCUACUUCUUGUGGAUGAGCUGGACUUUUUAUGCACGAAGCGUCAAGACGUUGUAUACAAUUUAUUAGAUUGGCCGACUAAGACAACGGCACAUCUGAUCGUAGUAACCAUUGCUAACACUAUGGAUUUGCCCGAGAGAGCGUUAAUGGGUCGUGUUACGUCGCGAUUGGGCCUUACACGAUUAACAUUUCAGCCAUAUAAUUAUAAACAGUUGCAAGAAAUCGUAAUGUCCAGAUUGAAAGAUUUCAACGGCUUCAGGAGCGAAGCUGUACAACUCGUUUCACGGAAAGUUUCUGCUGUAUCUGGAGACGCUAGACGAGCUUUAGAUAUAUGUCGUCGUGCAAUGGAGAUCGCGGAAUCGCGAAACGCUGAAACCAUAUCCCUUCAAGAUGUCACGGCAGCCGUGUCUGAAAUGAUCGCAUCCGCAAAAGUUCAGGCCAUAAAGUGUUGCUCGAAGAUGGAACAAAUGUUUUUACAGGCGGUAUCCGCGGAGGUGUCGCGAACAUCCAUCGAGGAAGUGUACUUCAAAAAUGCAUAUAGACAACUCGAAUCGCUGUGCUCUUUCGAUGGAAUUAAAAUUCCUACUGUAACGGAGACACUUGCCAUUUGUGGAAGAUUAGGGGCUAGCAGAUUGCUAAUAUGCGAGCACUCGAGGAACGACAUACACCAAAAAAUUUUAUUGAACGUCUCCACGGACGACAUUCAUUAUGCACUGCAGGAGUUAGAUUUAAACUCCAUAUAACGAGAAUUAUGUAAUAUGUUUUUAGCAGAUACCCCGGUGCAUUCUGUUGCAUGUCUGCAUGUAUUCUUGACAGUGCCUUGAAACGUCGAACGAUAUUAUAAUUUUAAUUAGUUUCACAUAUGAAUUUUAUUUAUUUUUUUACGGUCAAAAGAAACCUAUUAGUUAAGAAACACAUAUUACAGUGACAGACUAAAAUUAAUUAGAAAUUUAACGUAGUGAAGAUUUGAGGAUGGAAGAUGAAUUAUCGAAAAGUUUAGGUCAGGGUUAUUUUGUAGUAUACAUUGAUUUAUUAAUUUUUUAUAUCGUGAUACAUAAUCCGAUCGUCGUGUAUAUUUGACAGUGCCUUGAAGCGUCGAAUGAUAUGAUAUUAAUUAGUUUCACGUAUGUAUAUAGCAUAUAUGAAUUUAUUGAUUAAAUUUUAUAUCGAGA